UCAGGCAGGAGACCGCCGAGGCGGACUCAAUGACUGAGGCUGAUGUAAAUCCGAAGGCCUACCCUCUUGCAGAUGCCCACCUCACCAAGAAACUAUUGGACCUCGUUCAGCAGUCAUGUAACUACAAGCAGCUUCGAAAAGGAGCCAAUGAGGCCACCAAAACCCUCAACAGAGGCAUCUCUGAGUUCAUUGUGAUGAUUGCAGACGCCGAGCCCCUGGAGAUCAUCCUGCACCUCCCACUGCUGUGUGAGGACGAGAAUGUGCCCUACGUGUUUGUGCGCUCCAAGCAGGCCCUGGGGCGAGCCUGUGGGGUCUCCAGGCCUGUCAUCACCUGUUCUGUCACCAUCAAAGAAGGCUCACAACUGAAGCAGCAGAUCCAAUCCAUCCAACAGUCCAUUGAAAGGCUCUUAGUCUAAACAGGUGGCCUCUGCCACACUCCCUGCUGCUGACUCCUACCCCAGGGGUUAUGUAUCGUUUGUCUGUUAGCAUAUAGUAUUUCCAGCUACCUUCUAUUGUUAUAAAAUAUUGUAGUGCUCAAUUUGGUUUUUGUAUUUUUGUAUUGUUUUUGUCUUGUUUUUAGGUUGCCAUCUCCUCCCCAGCCUCUCCUGUAAUCUCCACUUCCACUCUCUCUCUGCCAUCUUAUCCUCCCUUUUGGAAAAUGCAUGCCCAGAACAGGUGGAAGCAGGGUGGUUGACACCAUUCAAAGGCAGGGAAGAGCCAAGGUAGAGAUUUGGUUCCAGCUUUCAGGUGCCAACUUCCUACUGUGCAGGGCAUGAUGGAAGUAAACACUGUCCACU